AUGCUUGGCGUGGGUGCUCGGGCGGUGGCGGCUGCAGAGGGCGCGGCCGACCGCCUGCUCCCGAACAAAGCCAGGUUCAGAGCCAAGGGGAAACAGAUCCAAACACAGAGCUGCUUCACCGGGGCCCCCAGUCCCAGCCAGAGCCCCAGUGCCCCUCCUGCUCCCCUGCUCCCCCUGCGCUGGACACCCCGGUCAGUCCUCACUGUCUGCACGGCCGCGGGGCUCUCCCCUCCUUCCCUGUGCCAGGGCGGCGCGGGCGGCGCGGGCCCGCACGUGCGCCUGGAGGAGCGCUUCUCCGACGACCAGCUGGUGUCCAUGUCGGUGCGCGAGCUGAACCGGCAGCUCCGCGGCUUCAGCAAGGAGGAGGUGAUCCGGCUGAAGCAGAAGCGGCGCACGCUCAAGAACCGCGGCUACGCGCAGUCGUGCCGCUUCAAGCGCGUGCAGCAGCGGCACAUCCUGGAGAGCGAGAAGUGCCAGCUGCAGGGCCAGGUGGAGCAGCUGAAGCUGGAGGUGGGGCGCCUGGCCAAGGAGCGGGACCUGUACAAGGAGAAAUACGAGAAGCUGGCGGGCCGGGGCGGGCCUGGCUUCCCGCGGGAGGGCUUUGCUGCUGGGCCGAUGAUGCCCCAGAGGGCGGAGUGUGGCACCUUCCUGGCUGAGGGCUGCCGGCUGCGCUGGCUUUGGCAGCCGCCAGUCCUAGUGUAA